CAGAAACAAAGAGAUGGAGACCAGAAACAAAGAGAUGGAGGAGAUAAAAGAUGAGUUUGAGAAAAUCAAAGCUGCUGCUUCCAGGACUAUCACAUCACACUGGCUAGUACAACCCUGCAGUCAUGAGCAGAAAGUGGAGUUACUGGAGGAGGGGCGCAAGAUGAGUAGCAGCUCAGACAGUCAGGAGAUCCCAGGAGACAUCGAUGUGGUGGUUAAUGACAACUACAAGUUUAUCAUUCUGAGAAACUGGUCUGAUCAGGACAAACCACUGGGAGGACGUCAGUUAAAAGUCCAGAUCAACAAUAGUGAACCCAUCACAUACACAUUUGAUCCAUCACUGGAAGUCAAGGCUGGAGACAUUGCUAUUUUAUACGGUCCAGGCUAUAAUCCUGUUUAUGUCCUCUCUGGUUACCUGGUGCGGGAGGACCUGGAGUCCUGGUGGCCUGGAGACAGAGUCCAGGUCUCUCUGCAGUGAAAUAGUUCCCAGUUGAACUCCUUCAAUAAAGUUCAGUAAUCCAGCAAACAGCAACAUUAUAGAUGAGAAACAGCACGACUCAGAUCUUCCUGCAGA